UAACAUAUAUCUCUGAAAUCUCUAUGUUUGAUAUUUUCUGCAAGAGGUAGAGAGAGGGGGAGAAAUCGACGAAGGAAGAAGAAGAAGAAGAAGAAGAAGAAGAAGAGUGUAGUAGAAGGAACGAUGAGUCAAUAUCCGCCCCCUGUUGGUGCCCCUCCUCCUCAAGGUUAUCCGCCGGAGGGAUAUGCGAAGGACGCUUACCCGCCGCCGGGAUAUCCUCCGCAGGGCUAUGCCCAGGGGUAUCCUCCUCAGGGGUACCCUCCUCAAGGAUACCCUCCGCCGUACGCGCCGCAAUACCCGCCGCCGCCACCGCCGCAACAGCACCAACAAAGCAGUCCUGGGUUUCUAGAAGGAUGCCUUGCUGCUCUCUGCUGUUGCUGUCUCUUGGAUGCCUGCUUCUGAUCGGAGACCCAGCCAUCCCAGAAAGAAAAAAGGAAAAAAACAUUAACUGAUUCGUGGAGACAGAGAUUGCUGGUGGAUCUUGAUUUAUUUCUCUUGUCGUUUAUUUUAACGCUAUCUCCUUGAUAAGUAAGACUCUCUGUGGCCGAUGAUGGUUUGGAUUUGAUUAUGGGGAUGUAAAUCGUGGCGGAGACUUCCUAUUGCGACUUUGCUCUUUUCAUCAAUUUACUUUUGUUAUUCCCA